UUUUUUUUUAAGGGCGCAUAAAUUAGCUCCAUAUAGUAGGUCGACGAUAUCGGUGGCCACUUUCCCACUCAGCAUCAAAUUGCACAGUGAGGUAAUGGCCUCAAGCAGGGACUCACCGGCUUCACCACAGCAUCCACUGGUAAGGUCCUUAAGGUGCUGUGGGGAUAGGCCAUCAAGGCCGCCCGCUGAUCCUGGAAGAAAGGAAGAAAGUGCAAAGCGGGCGGCAUCUUUGGACGUUUGAAGCGGUUGGUCCGCGAGGCCAGGUGCAGUGGGGAAAGUCGUGUCGGAGGCUGGGGACGGGUGUUUGGCUUGCAGGGCAGAGAGAGUCUCUGGAGAGUCCGGUGCCACCGUAUCGUUAGAAAAUAAUAAACGCGCAGCACCCUUGAUGUCGCCAUCACUUAUUUUAUUUUCUAUAUAUUUUAAUGGGUUACUAAUUGAUGUUGGGGAGUAGGAAACUGGGGAUUGGAAUAAGGUCGGAUUUAGGUUGGUACUGCAAUUGCGUUUAAUAAGUGUCGUGAGCGACAAAUCGCGGUCCGUGCCUUUUUCGAUAUGAAGGAUACGAAAGGGAAAGGUUAGUAAACGCUCCCAGGAGUGGUUUGAGUUGAGGCGUACAGUAUCUCGAAUGAGUUUAGUCAGGUGUUGGGCGACGGUAACUCUUGCACCCCUUGGGAUACGUUUUAGCACUGGGAAAAGUUGUUUCAGAUGGGCGAUUUGGAGCCAAAAUGGUUCGGAUAUGUGUAAAUUUUGUUGCGGACACGGAUGGGGAACAGGUAAAGAGGCUGGUACUGAGCUAUGUAUAUUAAGAGGUUUAUGGCAUUUACCAAUGUGGAUACGUAAGCCUCUCUCACCUUUGAAAAACCGGGGCUGCGCGCAGAGCCUGCACUGGACAUGGUUCUCUAGUGAUGCGUUGGCAGUAGAAGUUCCUGCGUCUUGGCUUUGCAUAUAACUUAUCACUAAUUUACUUAUAAACUAUUUAAAUUAACAGAAUUUGUAAAAAAAAAAACAGCACUAUAAAAAUAAAAUACAGUAGAAUUGGCGAUUGUCAGUUUUGGCAGCAGCAGCGGUGCGCAGACUGACACCGCGCAUCUUGACGGCUGCGCGCGCAGGACGACUCCAUAGAGUUAUGUCUUCUGGAGCUAUGUGGUAACUAGGCGACCCGGUACAACGCUUAUGGUCUCCAGGGCGACCCUAUGGCGUCGGGCUGUCAAGUAGAGCAGCGCUGAUCAGCUGAUUGUUUGCAAAUUAUGGGACCAAAACACACCGCACGACACCGACCACACACUCUGGGCAAGAGGCGGCCCCAACGAACGCCAGCCACGGGUCCUUAGUGCCUUUGAAUAGGUCACACUAUUUUUGACGUGACAACGUCUUAAAUUAGGUUGCGGCUGGGAGUCACUUAUGAAAAAGUGUAACGCUCGGUAACGUUACGAUGAGUCUCUCGUGUUAAGUUUAAGUUUACAUGUACAAUGUUUUAGUAAACAAAAUAUAUUUCUAUAGUUAAAAUUUGUGCAAUUCUUAUUUUCAUUCAAUUCCUUGUUCCUAUUGUGCAAUUUAAUUAUAUUCAUAUCAAUAAAUAUUCUACCGAGAAAAAGACGUUGUCACGUAAAAUCUUCGCCCGUAAAACCGACUUUACAGGCAACCAUUUUUUUAUUUAAUUAAAAUUUAUGCGCAUGUGUGUUGUCAAACAUCCACCUUUUUUUUUAUUUUAUUUUUUCAAUGUAAUAUGAUGUCGCAUUGCAAGAAAACAAAUUGCAUUGAUAACCAUUGAACUAAUAAUUUUAAACUGAAAGUACUGGUCACAACAAUCAUAAUGACAAUAAAAUUACUCUGUAAACAUACCAUAACUCCGCAAAAACAAAACACCUUACAGGCUAAAGUCGCAUCCGACGAACUGACACGAAAUGAUUUGAUAAAAACUACAAAAAAUACCUACUUAUUCCAUUGUUUUGGAAAGGAAGCGUUUGGGACGCAUUCUACUGGUUCGAAUUGUUGAAUAUGUUCGUGGCCCUCUGGCUCGAAAGCAUCAAGAUGGCUCAGGACGCGCUGUCAGCUAUGAAUGGCUCGCUCGAAGACGUAGUGGGCUCUUUCGGAAUGGUACCGUGCAUUGGCUACUUGCCGUUGGGUCUCACAAAAACCUAUAUGAUGAAACGUGAUCCAUUAGUUUUUGAGAAUAUGGUGAAGAAACUAAGAAAUAUGUUCCCUAAAGGAAUUGUAACUGAAGAAGAGCAUAAGAUCGUCAAACCUGCCUUGACACGACUUAAUUAUGUUAACAAAGGGUACUACUGGUACAACAACAUGUCCUUGGUAAUCUUCCUUUUUGACACAUAUAUAAAUGGAGUACACUGGGCCAUAGGUCACGACGUACCAGCAGUGCUGCCCUUUGGGUACUGGUUGCCUUUCGACCCGGCUCAGAGUGUACCCGCCUUUAUGAUAUUAUUGAAUUUACAGGUUUGGCAUGCUAUACUGGCCAUCUGGUUCUCGAUGUGCGGGGACCUGCUGAUGUUCACAUUCUUGACUCACAUCUCGCUGCAGUUCGAUCUGCUCGCUGUGAGGAUCAGGAGGCUGAUCUACGUGCCAGUUGAUAAACAGCUCCUUGCGGAAUACCCUUUGGAACAUCUCAAUGAUAGUAAAACCACUGAAGAUAUGCGGAAUGGAAGCUAUUUAAAGGAAGUGAAAGAUAUAAUUAAAAAUCAUUAUGAUUUAAUGAGACUAGCCGCAGAUGUAGAGGGCAUCUACAGUUUCCCGAUGCUCAUUCAUUUCUUCAACAGUUCCAUCAUAAUAUGUUUCUGUACAUUUUGUGGUGCACUCGUGGAAAAUUGGAACGAAAUGCGUUACAAAUGCUUCCUGUUUGUAGCGCUAUUCGAAUCAUUAUUGUUGUGUUGGUUCGGACACAGACUUAUCGAAUCUAUUGCCAGAGUUCCACGAGCCGCAGGCAGGGACGUUCGGUUUAGGCAGUGAGGAUAACUGAAGUGUAAAUUGCCGCUUCAGCUACCUUUGAAACUGGAAUCAAC